CUUGUUUAUUACACGCGUGCAAGAUGCGAAGUCGUCUAUUACCAAGUUUAUUACAAACGAGAGAAUUGUUACAAGAAUAUUUCAAACCUCGCAUUUAUAAUGUAAUAACAUAUUCUCUAUUAAAACAAGUUAACAAAUUUUCAACUAAUAGUGUAAAGAAAUCUAUGGACGAUGAAAAUACACAAUCUAGUUCACAUAACCUACCUGGUUCAAUAAGUUUUAAACACAAAGUUUUUGAUGAUAAAGAUGCAAAAAUUAUUCUCGAUAUUAAUGAAAAACAAGAAACAAUUAAUUUGGAAGAUUUAACAAUUGACGAGAAAGAUUAUGAUCCUUAUGAGGGAAUAAAUUUGCAACGUGGCAUAAAUGGUGUAUUCGAAAUUGAAGAUCUUGUAUCACUAUUGCGAAGAGAAAAUGCGAAAAAUAUUUUUGUAGCUUCUGUACCCGAUGAAUUAUCGUAUGUUACAUACAUAGUUGUAGUGACAGGGAAAUCGCAGAAACAUAUGAAAGCUAUUGCUACUUUUAUUCGUAAAGUAUAUAAAUUAAAAAGACAUGGCACAGAUUGGAUACCAAAGAUUGAAGGACAAGAUUCAAAGGAUUGGAUAGCUUUAGAUUUAGGAAAUAUUGCAUUGCAUAUUUUUUCAAAUUCAGCUAGAUUAUUGUAUGAUCUGGAAACGUUAUGGUCAGUCGGUCCUGAAUAUGACCAUAAGAGUAAAGACACGGGUGAAGAUAUUAUGGAGCAAUACAAUACAAUUUUGCAAAAUAUGAAACCUAUUGAAGAGAAAGUAUUUUGA